AUGGAGAAAAUGGCAGAAAAAUUGUAAGUGGUCUUAAUGAAAAAAAGACUGCAUAAACCUUCUUUUAGCUGGAACAUAACUGUAGUGAUAUACAUUGUAUGGUGAGAUAUGGCACUUCCGGCAAAAGAUCAGAAAACCCUACACUAUUGUUGGCCACCCACAAAUUGUAAACUUAAGAUCUUUUUGUUCCCCUCCCCAAGAGAAAUUUGAUUUCUAAUUUCCGUUUUUGCUUCUGUAUUUUUUUAAAAUUUAAUUAAUUAAGUACGCUGGAGCCAGUGAAUGUUUUUUCAUACCUUUGAAUCAUAAUACCUAUGUAUAAUUACAUGUAACUGAUUUCAGAAUAUAGCUGGCCAACUCAAAAUCUUCUGUAUUUUUUUUAAAUUUAAUUAAUUAAGUAUGCUGGAGCCAGUGAAUGUUUUUUCAUACCUUUGAAUCAUAAUACCUAUGUAUAAUUACAUGUAACUGAUUUCAGAAUAUAGCUGGCCAACUCAAAAUCUCAUGUAGCAGUUGCAGUACCGUAUUAAUUGUUAUUAUUUAUUUUACCAGAAAGCUACAGGGAUCCUCAGCAUAUUUGAUAGAGAUAGGUGGUUCAUCUUACACAGGGAUGUUUGGUUACUUGACUGCAUUUCAAGAGAUGAUAGAACAGGUAUGAGCUGUUUGUAUGGAAUGGGUUAUGUGACAUGCGUUUUGUGGGUGAAAAGAAAAUUGGUCAGGUUAAUAAAUUUUUUAACCUGGGUAGAUUUAUUUCCUUGUCUCCUAACUGUAUAUAUACAUGUAAUUAUUCAUGAACUGCUCUUAAUAGGAGGCAAAGGAAAUUGAGUAAAGUGGGUUUAAAAAAACUGAAUUUAAUUUUGCCUAUAAUUCAUGUUCCAUGUUGCUAUUUAAAAAAUGAUUUCUAAAGUCCUAAGUGACUUUCCAUCUCAAUUUCAUUUUCAAUUUCGCCCUUUAUUUUUCAAGCAAACAAAAAAAAAGGUAAUUUGAUAAGCAAAUGUACAUGUACAUUGUAGCACUGAUCAGAAUUCCCUUGACAAUAGUUUUUUCCGGGAAGCAUCUUAAAUGUCAAACAUGGCUACCACAGGGCAGGAAAUGGCCAGGAGAAAAAAAUUUCUUCAAGGUCAGGGGAAAGUCAGGGAAUUUCACUUCAAGUCAGUGGAAAUUUUAUGGUCAUGAAUCAUCAUAAUGGUCAUGAAAUUGAACAACAAACUGAUGGUGGGUUUUCAAAAACGUCGGUCCUUUUUGCACGCUAUUGUUUAGGAGCUACACUGUAUCAAUUCAUGUACACUGCAUGUGUCUGGCUGAAAGCAUAAAUUGAUAAGUGGCUGUAGGGGAUCAGGCUGUGAGGGGAGAGUUGAGUGGAUUACGAGUUAUCGGGACUACUUUUUGCAAAUUGUUAAUUCAGUUAGUCAGGGAAUUUUUUCAGUUUUCAGGAAAAAUUCAGAAGACUGAAAAGAUUCCAGAAACCCCUGGCUGUAGCAACCAUGUUAAAGUUCCUCUCUGGUCCACCUUGUUACUUUGUAUAGCAGAAUUUCGGUUGUAUUUAGUAAUGACUUGAGAUGAAUUUAAGAGCAAAUUUUUUUUCAUUUUAAGGAUUAAUUGCAAUGCAAAUGGCACUUUGAAGUGAAAAAAUAAAAUUAUCACCUCACAGCAGAAGGAGUUACUGUACACCAUGCACUGUAUUCAUGGGUGUUUAUAGUGAGUGCCAAAUGCUACUUCUCAUCUUUUCUGUGAAAGGUAACUGUAUUAUACAGGUACCUUUUCAGUAUUUAACAGACACCUAAAUUAUUAAGAAGGUGCUAGUGAGGCCAGUACCAUUGGUAUCUACUUAGUAAAGUGUGCACUGUUCUUUUGAGGGAAUAAUAUAUUAAAAGGGAUGAUCAAUCCAGGUCCAUAUAUUUUUUUAGAUUAUUUUAAAAAGUUUUAUUUUUAAAAGUAGUUGUAAUUUGUUAGAUCUUACUAGUUUUAAGUUAUUGUUUGUACGUUUUUCAUAUUUUAUUCAGAAUGUGAUGGAAGAUUAUGAUGAUAUUGUAGUUACUGUCGGCAGUGGAGGAACAGCAUCAGGAAUUGCCAUCCUUGGCAAUUACUUGACUGGCUCAAAACUCAAGUAAGCCUCCAGUUUAAAUUUUUUCGGUCAAAAAAUUAAUGGUAUAUAAUUUUGAUGUAAAUUGGAUUGGACCUUUGGACAAAGCCUCCUCGUAUAUAACUUUGUUAAAAAUUGGAAGGUAGGAAAAAUUUCCCUUUUCUUUAACUUUCUAGAUGCCAUGCAGUUAAUGUGUCUGACAAUGCAGCUUAUUUUUACAAUAAAAUCAAUGAAGACCUUGGGAGUGGGGGAACUGACGUCAGAGUAGAGGAUAUUAUAGAUAUUAUGGGGAAGGUUCUGGCGUGUCAACUCGACAUGAACUAGGUGGGUACACUCUUAUAGGACUGGGGUAAUUGAAGUGUUUGAAGGCGGGAUACAGUUGUGCAUGAACUGUUGAAUUUGCUUAGUAAUAUGUGAUUCUAUACACAUUAGACUCUACUCGCAAACUCCCAAACCUUCCCCUGCUUUCCCUGACUCUUCUCAUACUGAGGUUGGCCACAAUUUAAUUUAGUAGAAACUUAGGCUCGAUAACCAGCCGCUGUUCGGGAAAAUGAGCCCACACUCAUCUCCCGGGGAGGAUCGGGAAGGAUCAAAGACCGGACCCGGGAGACGGCGGAAAUCGAGCCUAGUAGAAACUGUGAGUGUGCAUUUCUUCUAGCUCCGUCAAAUCACAUGACAUCAUCUUACAAUACAACUGCUUCCUGUCAAGUGUCUUUGAAGUUGGUAUAAACACUGCAGAAUCAUCGAGAAUGACACCAAAGGGUAAUAUUCAGACCGAAGUCACUGCAGGGAAGGGGGAAUGCAUGUUAAGAACUGACUGAGUAAUCAAUAAAAUAGCAAUUGACUGAGUCGUUUAGUGUAAUGCAAUAAGAGGUGUGCAGUUUUUUUUUUUUACUUAUUGUGUUUUUAUUAUCAAAUUGCAGAGAACAUCAUUAAGAUUUCAAGAACAACUGGAAUAUUGGUAGAUCCGGUAUACAAUAUAAAGGCGAUCAGAGGAAUGUUAACAGAGAUGAAAAAUAAUCCUGGAAGAUUCAAAGGAAAAAGAAUACUCUACAUCCAUACAGGUACAAUUUUU